AUUUUGCAGAUGAUUUUGUAAUUGAAAAUGCUACAAGAAAAGUAGUUAAAAAUAAAAGGAGAAAUUUAGUAAAUAAAGUGCAAAAGGCAACUAUACCAGAAAAAUGCAAUAAUACUGUAUCUGAACAAGAUCUUUUGAAAUUAGUAAAACCAAUUUGUAAAGAGUUAGAUGUUCCUAUUACAGAUGUCGUAAAUACAUUAAAGAAUGAUAUACAAAAUAAGAAAUUUAAAUUACCUGAAUCAGAGCUACGGAUAAAUGCAAUCAAGCUCGCGAUUGUCUUUCUAAACAAAUUGGAGAUUUAG